AGGCGCCGCGGGAACGCAGUCCCAGUGCCGUGUGGAGGUCGUUGGAGUCAAGUCUCCGCUGCCUGCCGCCUUCCCGCCAGCCCGCACCCGCCCGCGCAGCCAUGCUCUCCGCCCUCGCCCGGCCUGUCGGCGUCGCCCUCCGCCGCGGCUUCAGCACCUCGGCCCAGAGCCAUGCUAAAGUAGCUGUGCUGGGGGCUUCCGGAGGAAUCGGGCAGCCUCUUUCUCUCCUCCUGAAGAACAGCCCCUUGGUGAGCCGCCUCACCCUCUACGACAUCGCUCACACGCCCGGAGUGGCCGCCGAUCUGAGCCAUGUCGAGACCAGAGCAACUGUGAAAGGCUACCUCGGACCAGAACAGCUGCCAGACUGCUUGAAAGGCUGCGAUGUGGUGGUUAUUCCGGCAGGAGUCCCAAGGAAACCAGGCAUGACGCGAGAUGACCUGUUCAACACCAACGCCACAAUUGUGGCCACCCUGACCGCAGCCUGUGCCCAGCAUUGCCCUGAAGCCAUGGUCUGCAUCAUUGCAAAUCCGGUUAACUCCACCAUCCCAAUCACGGCAGAAGUUUACAAGAAACAUGGAGUAUACAACCCCAAUAAAAUCUUUGGUGUGACAACUCUGGACAUUGUCAGAGCCAACACUUUUGUUGCAGAACUGAAGGGUUUGGAUCCAGCCCGAGUCAACGUUCCUGUCAUUGGCGGCCAUGCUGGGAAGACCAUCAUCCCCCUGAUCUCUCAGUGCACUCCCAAAGUGGACUUUCCCCAGGACCAGCUGACCACACUCAUCGGGCGGAUCCAGGAGGCAGGCACAGAGGUGGUCAAGGCAAAAGCGGGAGCCGGCUCUGCCACCCUGUCCAUGGCCUAUGCUGGUGCCCGGUUCGUCUUUUCUCUGGUGGACGCAAUGAAUGGAAAGGAAGGUGUUGUUGAAUGUUCCUUCGUGAAGUCACAAGAAACGGACUGUCCCUAUUUCUCCACACCAUUACUGCUGGGGAAAAAAGGCAUGGAGAAGAACCUGGGCAUUGGCAAAAUCAGCCCUUUUGAAGAGAAGAUGAUUGCUUCUGCCAUUCCUGAGCUGAAUGCUUCAAUCAAGAAAGGAGAAGAGUUUGUAAAGAACAUGAAAUGAGAGUACCUUUGAAGAGUAAUCAGUUUCCUUAUUUAUUACACAUCACGGGAAAGCCAUUUCACAUACCCUUGUUAUUUUUAAUUCGCUUCGAUAAUGUUUAUUGAAUUAACAUUAUCAUUCCUUCCAAAUUGUGGGCUGGACUAUUGGUGCAAAUAAAAGCAGACUUUGAUUUUCUUUUUCAAGUUCCCCUAUAAAAAUGUGCUUUUUUUUUCCGUUAGAGCUGGCUUCAGAGUGUCACCUGUUUGCAUUACAAAUCAGAACUAGAUAUUAUUUCUGUUAGAUAGAAGCGUGAUGGUUUCAUCAAUAGCUUCAGAAAAAAGUCUAAUUAAAAUGAACGGGAUAAGAGAGUCAACCCUCCUUUCUGCACCCUUGCUUCCCUCAGGGUGUAAAUUGAAAGAACGGUCAGUUCAAGCCUCCGGGACCUGAUUCCCUGCAGCGUCGUUUCUCCCUCAGUGAUAAUUUCUCAGUGGCUAAUGCCGUUUUCUGUCCCUAAUUCUGGGUUGAAUUAUCUGGUUAAGUCAACUGUACUGCCUUCACUGUGCCUCCUUGGCCGACCUCAGUGCCCCUCUGAAUGUCAUCGUCUGACCAAGCUCUGGCACUCAACGAUGGUGACAACCCGUAGCAGGAGUUGUAAGGAGGGCACGGGGCAGUGUUGUGGGGUUGACCAGAGCGCCAGCUGCUGCAGCAAGUCUGCAGCCACAGCACUGGCCACCCUUGUAAAAAGGAGGUGGUUUCCCAUUUUCAUCAGUUGCCUAAGAAAGGACUGUGUCCUGAUUGCAUUUAUCCUAACAGGGAUUGAGGUGUGGGGAAGCUGAAGUAUAAACAGAGCUCUGGGUGGGAAGGAAUUUUCUGGCAACAGGUGAUGACCUUCCAUUGUAGGGGGAAAGGGCAGGUGGGGGUGGGGGGUAUGCCCAGGGAAUGGAAACUCCUUUACCCACAAUUCCUUUUUUUAACUCAAGAAUUCAUUAAAACUGAAAUGGAUUUUAUCAAAAUAUAUGUUGAUACAUGCUCAUUGUAUACAGCCUAAAAAGUAGCCAAAAAAUAAAGCAGGGAAAAAAAAUCA